AUGAGGCCUGCCCUGAGGGUUUCUUCCAUUCUUGGAGGCAACAGUGUGAGCCAUGUUCCAACAACUGUACUGUUUGCACAGCAGCAGAUCACUGCCUCCACUGCGGCCCAGGGCAUAGACUCCGAGACGGCCGCUGUGUGCCACUGGAGUGUGGUGAAGAGGCUCCAGAUCGACACCAACAGGGAACUGUCUGUGUCAGCUGUGAAGAUGGCUACUACCAAGAGCCAGGACUGUGAGCCGUGCCACCGCACCUGUCGCACCUGCGGAGGGCCGAGAUAUGAUGACUGUGACUCCUGUGAAGAGGGAUUCCUGCUAAAAGGAGGAGAGUGUUUGGACCGAACCAGAGCCCGCUGCCCCGAUACACACUUCAAAAACCGUCAGGAGCAGUGCGAGCAGUGCCACUCCUCCUGCAAGACGUGCUCUGCUGCAGGGCAGGAAAACUGCAACACUUGUGACUCAGGUACAUUUCUGACUCUGCAACAGUCCUGUGUGUCACAUUGUCCCCCCGGUACAUUUGCCAACAAGACAUCUGGCCAGUGUGAAGACUGUCUCCCAGGCUGUGUGUUGUGUCAGGAUGCAUGGCAGUGCCAGCGGUGUCGCAGCAGACCCACACAGCUGUACCUGCAGGAUGGGCUGUGUGUGGUGGACUGUCAGAGAGGAUUUCCGCAAGGCGAUGCCUGCCAGCCGUGUGACCCAAAGUGCUUGUCCUGUCAGGGCAAUGCUUCUCACUGUCUGAGCUGUGCCAGUCAGUACCUCUUACUGAACCACUCUUGCAUGAGGCAGUGUCCCGAAGAGUACUACACCACUGAGGCAAAGUGUCUACGAUGCCCGCCCAACUGUAAGGAGUGUAACCGUGACGGCCUGUGUAAAGCGUGUGCUCACUACUAUUACCUCCACAAGGACAAGUGUGUGGACGACUGUCCCGCUGGCUACUUUGUCAGUGAGGAGCAACAGGAGUGUGUGCGCUGUCAUGCUGAUUGUGCUUCAUGUGAUGGGCCGGACGUGGAUGACUGCAAUGUAUGCAAGAACCUGAAAGCGGUUCGUUAUAACGGGGAGUGUCUGGCUCGCUGUCCCACCAACACCUACCAUGAUAUGGCUACCUCCGAAUGCAGGGUCUGUGAUGGGUCUUGUCUGACCUGUUCGGGACCUGAGCCCUCUUCCUGCCUCAGCUGUGCCAGCGACAUGCGUAAAGACGAGACAGGACACUGUGUGUGGUACAGCCAGUGUUCACUACGCUCAUACAUGGGUGAGGACGGGGCGUGCCAGUUGUGCCACCCAAUGUGUCAUCGCUGUUCCGGGUCCGGAAAUCACCAUUGCCUCAGCUGCAAUGCACCACACUUCCUCCUGAACAAUACCUGUGUGGAGGAGUGUCCUGAGGGCUACUAUGGAGACAAGGAUGAGCACGCAUGUAAAGUCUGUCACCCCAGCUGUAAGUCAUGCGUAGGACAUCACAGCGUGCAAUGUGCCACCUGUAAACCCGGUUUCUACAGGCAGGGAUACAGCUGUGUCGAGACCUGCUCAGAGAGCCACUUUGUCAACACCACCUCCGGAGUGUGUGAGCGGUGUCACUCUUCCUGUGAGGAGUGCAUUCUCAGCGUCAACUUCAUAUUAAGGGGCCCUGAGGAGUUGGAGGCUUUAGGCAGCCCAGCCAAACACCUGGUGACCAUCUGCGUCCUCUUCAUCAUCGCUGCGGGUGGAGUGGUCUACCUUUUCCUCCAGGCUCGCUCAAAAUUGCAUCCUGUGUCCAGCACAUCCAAAACCAAGGCUGGGGGCUACCAGAAACUGGACAGCAAAGGAGACGUCAGCUCCCAACUCAAAGCCUCAUCCUUCGGGGAGUACAGAGACCGCAUCAUUGAGUGUGAGGAGGGUGAGGAAGAGGAUGAUGAGGAAGAUGACAUCGUGUACAUGGCCCAGGACGGAACUGUUUACCGGAGGUUCAAGUACGGACUCCUUGAUGAGGAUGAGGAGAUUGAGCUGGAGUAUGACGACGAGAGCUACUCGUUCAAAUGA